AACAAAACAACAACAGCAAUGGUAACACCCCAAUCACCUACUCGCAUGUUCAAUGGCCUGGACGAUGACAUCUACAGUGAAUAUGCCCAUGAAAUAACCGAUAAAAUGCGUGUACCCAAACGUAUUAAGGCCACCGGUGAAUAUUCUGACGAGGAUCGUUUAUUAUCCAAUCAAAAUGGUAUGAUCAACUCAUGGAAUUAUCAUGAUAAAAUCGAUAUGAAUGUCCCCGAUCGUAUUGUUGUUUUGGGUCAUAAUCAACAUUUGGAAACAAGAUCAGCACCGCGUGAAAUCCAGUUGGAAAAUGAAAUACUACCCAAAACGACAUCAGAUUUUGUACGUGUCCAAACGCCACCACGCACUAUAACCCUUAAUGAACAUCAUUUUCCAUCGGCCUCUGAGGAAAGUUCACCCAAAAAAUUGCUAAACGGUGAUGACCUGGAUGUGGAUGGUGAUGAUUUUGAUGACGACGUUGAACGUCCACCGCCGUAUGUGAGGGCAAAUGGUAUAUCACAUGCUGUUGUGGGUUUUCAUCCGAAUGAUUCGAAUUCUGUGGAAUCCGAUUCACAGCUGACAACAGGUGGCGCCAGCAAACGUUCACAAACGGCCCUCUACAAUCCCAAUGAUACUUCCAUGAUUAGCCAUCGUGAUGGCACCCCAAUUGGCGAUUUAACACCCCACGAGGAGAUUCUGUAUUUGAGACGUCAAUUGGCCAAAUUAAAUCGCCGCGUAUUGAACAUAGAAAUAAGCAACGAACAACGUUUACAACGGGAGAAGAUUGUCUAUUGCCUGGGGCUGGCCUAUUUUGUACUUAAGGCUAUUAUGUGGAUAAAUCGUAAUUAA